AUGGAUAAAGAUGCAGCUGCAUCAGGAAGGCCUGCGAAAUUGCAGAAGCUGCAUGAUCUGAGAAGGGGUGUGCCUUAUGUUUCGAAGUCGGCCUUGGAGGGUAUCCUGAAAACCAUUCAGGAGAAAGGCAUCCCCGAGGUUGUUCACACAAAGGCAAUGCUUGAAGCAACCAGAAAGGAGAUAUCAUCUUGGAAUGCCUACGGCAGCCUUCUUCAAACUUGCAAAGUCAUCGAUGUGCAUGGUGCAGAAAAGGAUCUCAUGUUCGUGAACUUCCACAGCUUCCUGCACGGACUCUUCAAGCAAGGGGGUUCCUUUACAGAUCUUUUGAAAAGCUGCCACAGUCGGAAUCCAUCGAGUGAUGCCAACCCAUAUUCGUUGGUGGUAUACAGCGACGAAUGUUGGCCUGGAAAUGCCCUCAGUGCAAAAAGCAAUAAGAAAUCCUGGGCACUUUAUUGCUCUUUCAAAGAGUUCGGCGGAGCCGCUCUCGGGUGCGAAGAUGCAUGGAUGUGCUUGAUGUUCCAGAAGACAAACUUCAUCGGCAAACUGGACGGCUCCAUGAGCCAGGUCUUGAAGAGGAUUCUUGAACACGUGUUCUGCAACGAUGUUGUGAAUCCUCAACUCACUGGAGUACUGCUGCAAUCUCCUGAUCCUGAGGAUCCACCAUUGCGGCUGUAUUACAGGUUCAAGAUCUUGGUCCAGGACGGUGCCGCACAGAAGUUCUGCCUGGCCAUAAAGGGGGACUCUGGCACAAAGUUUUGUGUCAAGUGUAAGAACUGUAUCUGUAUCAAGUCCAGACAAUGCGACAAUGAUUCAGAUGCAGAGGAGGACCUCUUUACUGCCAAGUAUACAAAGAAGUCACAAUUGCACCUGGCAAGUGAUUCGGAAGUACUUGACAGCUGGCAGAGGAUGGAACAACGAUUUCUUUCCGAGACACCGAAGGGUUCUCGUUUUCUCGCGAAGCUUUGCUGGGUUCUACGAGGCUCAGACCUUUUUUGGGAUCUCCCUAGUUUGUUUGACAGCAAGCGGGUGGAUGCAUGCAAGAAGAGUAGCAAACUGAAAAUGCAAGCUUCUGAGCUGUUGUGCAUCGGGCCCAUCUUGUCCCACUUCGCAUCAACUGCAUGUGCUGGGGCCGCAGAUCAAAGGCCUUGCAAGGCAUUGGUUGCCAUGGUUUUUUUCUUGGAGCUGUUGACAUCUGUGGUUCAUGGAUGUGUGCGAGGAAAAGACUUGGACAAAGCAGCUGAGCGAGUCCUUCAGCUGGUCGUGGAAAACGACUGGGAAGCUUGGAUGGUCAAGAAAUUCCACUGGAUGCUUCAUUAUGGAGACAGUUUGCAGCUGCACAAUUGCCUCAUUCCAUGCUUUGCUAUGGAACGAAAACACAAGCAGUUGACGAAAAUUGGAUUUCCUAUAAAGAACAUGAGAGCCUAUGAACGGGCAGUGCUGGAAGAGGUCGUUUCCGAUCAGCUCUUCAACUUGAAGCAACCGGGCCGUUUCGACAUGUCGUGCAGGCUGCUUUCUCAAAGUUGCAAGGCCACUCGGGCCAUGCAGGAACUUCUGGCCCAGCAUGGUGUGACGAUGGGCCAAGUCACCAUCUGCAGAACCUUGAAGCUUGCUGGGGGCGGAUCUGUUUCAACUGGUGAUGUUGUGUUGCUGAAGAUGCAGUCGGCCCUGGCUUGUGGCAUUUUGCUGGCCAACUUUGACAACGGCCAGCCUCACAGCAUUCUUAAGUUCUUGGAUUUCCAGAAGACUUUGGCUGAUGCUGCUGAGUGGAAGGAGGCACAUGACAAUCAAGCACAUGUGGUUAGCAGCUUUGGAAUACUGUGUGCUGUGACUUAUUCCAAGUCCUCGGAUGUGUAUCGGACUUUGCUGCCGUACCAUGCUCGCAACCUUCUGGCAAGAGGGUCCUGA